AUGAAGAAAGACUUUCAAGAAGAAGAGGAAGAAAAUGAUGACUUUGAGAAUGAAGAGUCUGACGAUGAAGAAGAAUUAUCUCUUCUUUUCAGAAGAAUCAAACAGCUCUGGAGAAAAAGGCAAAACAACUUCAGAAGGCCCAGAGAGAAGGGAGACCGUCCAGAUUCAACCUCCAGAGGCAACACCAAUAAGGAAGUAACGUGUUAUGAUUGCAAAGAUCCUGGACACUACAGAAAUGAAUGUCCAAAGAUAAAGAAGGAAAGCUCUAGAAAGGAAAGCUUCAAGAAGAACUCAUUGAAAGCAAAGAAUAAAGGACUCAUGGUAACAUGGGAUGACUCUGAAUCUGAAGCUUCAGAAUCUGAUUCUGAAGAGGAGCAAGCAAACGUAGCACUCAUGUCCACUACCUCUGGAAGUUCAUCUGAAAGAGAGUCUGUAGCGUUGGAGGCUCGUCUGGCAAAGGAGGAAACUGAGAAGGCAGAGAGAGAAGCUGCGGGGAAAGCAGCUGCUGAAGUUGCUUCCAGAGAGGCAGCUGAGAAAGUCGUUGCAGAAGCUACAACCAGAGAAAAAGCUGAAGUUGAAGAAGCAUUGGCCGCUGAAGCUGCUCAAAAAGCUGCUGAAGAUGCUACGAAGGCCACAAAGGUUGCUCUGUCUCAAGGAGAGUCAUCAACAACCAAUUUUGAAAAUAACAACAACUAG